CUCCAGGCCGCCGAGGCGCGAUCUCCUUCCAGACUGACGGCUCAUGCCGUGUCGUGUCGGCUAGGUAUGGGAACCUUGGCCUACGGAGUCAGCAACUCGACGCGGCCCAUCCCACCCCGCGAACGGAAGGUAAGCCACCGGCCUGGGAGCGCUACUAGGUAGUAUGGCUCGUAGUAUAAGAGUGCAGCUGGCAGAGUAGUUGCAACUUGAAGGGAUCGCCGCAUUUCCACCUUCACUGAGUCGAGCUACCUUCUCUACUCUUGCACGCCGCGCCGUGUCAUCUUCUCAUACACCAUGCGCCCCUCGUGUUUACUCGCGGCCCUGGCCACCGGUGGUCUUGUGUCCGCCGCACCCAGCCCCAAGCCGGCUACCGCGCCGGCAGAUGGCGACGUGAACCCGUUCAAGGGCAAGACGCCGUUCGUCAACCCGGCAUGGGCUGCCAAGUUGGACCAGACCUUGCGGUCGUUCCUGUGGAAGGGCGAUGUCAUCAACUCAUUCAAGACGUACAAGGUCCAGAACACCGGUUCGUUCGUCUGGGUUUCUAAGCGUGCCGACCUUUCCAACAUCGACGACGCCAUUGCCGCUGCCCGCAAGGCGCACAAGAGGACAGGCAAAAAGCAGAUUGUUGGCUUGGUGCUAUACAACCUUCCGGACCGCGACUGCAGUGCCGGCGAAAGUGCUGGCGAGCUCCAUAGCGACGAGAAUGGCCUCGAGCUGUACAAGAAUGAGUUCAUCAAGCCUUAUGCCGAGAAGGUCGCGGCCGCCAAGGACCUUGACUUCGCCAUCGUCCUCGAGCCCGACUCCUUGGCCAACUUGGUCACCAACAUGGGCGUUGAGCUCUGUGCCAACGCCGCCCCCGUCUACCGCGAAGGUAUUGCCCAUGCCAUUGCUGAACUCCAGCACCCCAAUGUCCACCUCUACAUCGAUGCUGCCCACGGUGGCUGGCUUGGCUGGGACGACAACCUGCCCCUGGCCGCCAAGGUCUUUUCCGAGGUGGUCAAACUGGCCGGCGAGGGCAAGAAGAUCCGUGGCUUCGUCACCAAUGUGUCCAACUACAACCCUUUCAACGCCGUCGUGCGGGAGAACUACACCGAGUGGAGCAACUCAUGGGAUGAGUCCCAUUACGCCACGUCGCUCGCCCCGCAUCUUGAAGCCGAGGGCCUGCCCGCCCACUUCAUCGUUGACCAGGGCCGCGUCGCCCUACCCGGGGCCCGGGAGGAGUGGGGCGAGUGGUGCAAUGUCGAGCCCGCCGGCUUUGGCCCAGCACCGACCACCAACACCAACAACACCGUCGUCGAUGCCCUUGUCUGGGUCAAGCCCGGAGGCGAGAGUGAUGGCGAGUGUGGCAUGGCCGGUGCCACAAGGGCGGGAGAAUGGUUUGACGAGUAUGCCCAGAUGCUCGUCAAGAACGCGGAUCGAUCGGUUUACAAGUUGUUUUAAGCACCUUUCAAUGACAACAUAGCGUUAGACGUGUAAUAAAUUAGCUCAGUGGCUAUCUCAGACUCAUCAAUACCUGGCGAAUACAACUAUCGGCUAAUAGUAUA